CAGAUCACAGAGCCCGAAGCGAAAGGUAAUCCCAAUCCCCACAGAAAUCCCCAUCUCAAAACCCUAGCCCUCAUCCCCGAUCCCGGCGAGCGAGAUGGCCAACCCGAGGGUGUUCUUCGACAUGACCGUCGGCGGCGCGCCAGCCGGGCGCAUCGUGAUGGAGCUGUACAAGGACGCGGUGCCGCGGACGGUGGAGAACUUCCGCGCGCUGUGCACCGGCGAGAAGGGCGUCGGCAAGAGCGGCAAGCCGCUGCACUACAAGGGCAGCGCCUUCCACCGCGUGAUCCCCGACUUCAUGUGCCAGGGCGGCGACUUCACCCGGGGCAACGGCACCGGCGGCGAGUCCAUCUACGGCGAGAAGUUCGCCGACGAGAAGUUCGUCCACAAGCACACCAAGCCCGGGAUCCUCUCCAUGGCCAACGCGGGGCCCAACACCAACGGCUCCCAGUUCUUCAUCUGCACCGUCCCCUGCAAUUGGCUCGACGGCAAGCACGUGGUCUUCGGCGAGGUCGUCGAGGGCAUGGACGUCGUCAAGAACAUCGAGAAGGUGGGCUCCCGCAGCGGCACCUGCUCCAAGCAGGUGGUCAUCGCCGACUGCGGCCAGCUCUAGAUCCGCCCGCGCGCGGGUCGCCUUUCGCCGUCGUCGUCGCCGCCCCGUGUGUCCCGUGUCGUGUCGUCGAUCUAAAUAAGAGAGUCGUGUGUCGUGUCGUGUCUUCCCCUGGUCCGUCCGAUGAGAUCUCCGUGGUUGGUUUAGGAGGGUUUUAGGUGGACUCUUUGGGCUGCCGGAUCUCUGUCCGGCCGCCUUGGUUAUCUUCCUGUGUCUGCUGCUAUCUUACCGUUUGAAUGAGAUGAACUCCGCUAUGAAUUAUCCAUUA